CAAGCGCCGCUUCGACUGCCUCCCGCUUGGCGCGGCGAGUGAAAAAGGCAGGGAAGGACGGGCACGCGAUCUCUAUGGUUUUGCGCGGUGGGUAGCGUGGCGCAGCCGCCUCGUCCGCUCGCCCUCGCCCGCGUUGCACGCUGGGAAGCAGUGUGUCCUCCUUCCUGCCCCCCCCAACCCCACCCCCGCCUGCCGUGAGUCCUCCGAGCUUGCGCCGCGCUGAUAUCCGCGUUGUUCCCAAGAUGGUGGCGCGGGGCUCGGGCUGAGAGUGAGUGAGUGAGUCCGUCCGCGACAGGAGGCGCACCCGCGGGCCCGGCCCGCCUUCCCGCCCUUGCGCGCCGCGCUACUGGCCUCGCCAGGCCGCUCGCUUCUCCCUCCGUCGCCCCGCCAGGCCGCAGUCCUGUCUUCUCCGCCCUGGGGCCACGACGGCUCCACCACCAGCAGCAGCGGCGGCGACGGCGCAUUCUCGCCUGUGGCGCGGCCCCAAGCGCGGCGCGGCCCCCGCAUGAACCCAGGCGGCGGGAGUGACCGGGAGCAGCAGGCCACGGCGCCCAGAGUGGUGAAGAAUUAGGAGAAGCUGCACUUGUUCAGCUGAGUGGAACUAAAUGGGUGGCUUCCCUCUGGACCCUCACUUCACUGUCUUAGGUCCCAGAACUGUAGACGUCCAGCUUAAAAUUUGAAAGAACAAAUUUCUGCAGCUCUGGAAAGAUAUGCCAUGGAAGUAAUCAGCUGGGGUGGUCCCGGGGCGCUCUGGGCAGGACUAUUGCUGAGUGAUCAUUGGCUGCCACCUGCGUGACCAACACUUCAAUUUAUACCGGUGGAGCCAGAUCACAGGAAACAAUUGACAGACCUGUUAAGCUUAUGCUUAGCCCAGCGUGAUACAGGACUGGUGUGACAACUCAUUUUUAAUCAGUGACUCAAUUGUGAUCACCCUGAUGUCACCGAAUGGCCACAGCUUGUAAAAGAUCACCAGGAGAACCUCACUCUGAAAACAUUGAAACUAGCCGAAUGAAGCGAGCAGCUGCAAAGCAUCUAAUAGAGCGCUACUACCACCAGUUAACUGAGGGCUGUGGAAAUGAAGCCUGCACGAAUGAAUUUUGUGCUUCCUGUCCAACUUUUCUCCGUAUGGAUAACAAUGCAGCAGCCAUUAAGGCCCUCGAGCUUUAUAAGAUUAAUGCAAAACUCUGUGAUCCUCAUCCCUCCAAGAAAGGAACAAGCUCAGCUUACUUAGAAAACAAUUCCAAAGGUGCCCAUAACAAUUCCUGCACUGACAGAAAAAUGAACAAGAAGGAGAUGCAAGGCCCAAGGGAUGACUUUAAAGAUGUGACUUUUCUAACAGAAGAUAAAAUAUAUGAAAUUCUUGAACUAUGUCGAGAGAAAGAGGAUUAUUCCCCUUUAAUCCGGGUGAUUGGGAGAGUAUUUUCUAGUGCUGAAGCAUUGGUACAGAGUUUCCGAAAAGCCAAGCAGCACACCAAGGAGGAGCUCAAGUCUCUUCAAGGAAAGGACGAAGACAAAGAUGAGGAUGAAAAGGAAAAAGCUGCCUGCUCGGCUGCUGCUAUGGAGGAAGAUUCAGGUGCAUCAUCAUCAUCAUCAAGAAUAGGUGACAACACACAGGGAGACAAUAACCUCCAAAAACUAGGCCCAGAUGAAGUGUCUGUAGAUAUUGAAGCAGUCAGGCGGGUCUACGAUAGAUUACUUUCUAAUGAGAAAAUAGAAACUGCCUUUUUAAAUGCACUUGUGUACUUGUCACCUAAUGUGGAAUGUGACUUGACUUACCAUAACGUGUACUCUCGGGAUCCUAACUAUCUGAAUUUGUUUAUUAUCGUUAUGGAGAAUGGCAAUCUUCAUAGCCCAGAAUAUCUGGAAAUGGCCCUACCAUUGUUUUGCAAAGCAAUGAGCAAACUGCCCCUUGCAGCUCAAGCAAAACUGGUCCGAUUGUGGUCUAAAUACAGAGCAGACCAAAUCCGGAGAAUGAUGGAAACAUUUCAGCAGCUUAUUACUUACAAAGUCAUAAGCAACGAGUUCAAUAGUCGGAAUCUAGUGAAUGAUGAUGAUGCUGUUGUUGCUGCUUCAAAGUGCUUGAAAAUGGUUUACUAUGCAAAUGUAGUAGGCGGGGAUGUGGAUACAGAUCAUAAUGAAGAGGAAGAUGAAGAACCUAUCCCAGAAUCAAGUGAACUAACUCUUCAAGAGCUGUUGGGUGAGGAAAGAAGAAAUAAAAAAGGUCCUCGAGUGGACCCACUGGAAACUGAGCUUGGUGUUAAAACUAUAGACUGCAGAAAACCACUUAUCCCUUUUGAAGAAUUUAUUAAUGAACCACUGAAUGAUGUUCUAGAAAUGGACAAAGACUACACUUUCUUCAAAGUAGAAACGGAAAAUAAAUUCUCUUUUAUGACCUGUCCCUUCAUACUGAAUGCUGUUACCAAGAACCUGGGGUUGUAUUACGACAAUAGAAUCCGGAUGUACAGUGAAAGACGCAUAACUGUGCUCUACAGCUUAGUUCAAGGACAGCAGCUCAACCCGUAUUUGCGACUCAAAGUGAGACGUGAUCACAUCAUAGAUGAUGCGCUCGUGCGGCUAGAGAUGAUUGCCAUGGAAAAUCCUGCAGACUUGAAGAAGCAAUUAUAUGUUGAAUUUGAAGGAGAGCAAGGGGUAGAUGAAGGAGGUGUUUCCAAAGAAUUUUUUCAACUGGUUGUGGAAGAAAUCUUCAAUCCAGAUAUUGGGAUGUUCACAUAUGAUGAAUCCACAAAACUGUUUUGGUUUAAUCCGUCCUCUUUUGAAACCGAGGGUCAAUUUACACUGAUUGGCAUAGUGCUUGGUCUGGCUAUUUACAAUAACUGUAUACUGGAUGUACAUUUUCCCAUGGUUGUCUACAUGAAGCUAAUGGGCAAAAAAGGAACUUUCCGUGAUCUGGCAGACUCUCAUCCUGUUCUUUACCAGAGUUUGAGAGACUUACUAGAGUAUGAAGGAAGUGUGGAAGAUGACAUGAUGAUAACGUUUCAAAUCUCUCAUACGGAUCUCUUUGGCAACCCAAUGAUGCAUGACUUGAAGGAAAACGGUGAUAAAAUUCCUAUUACAAAUGAAAACAGAAAGGAAUUUGUCAAUCUAUACGCUGACUACAUACUCAAUAAAUCAGUAGAAAAGCAGUUCAAGGCCUUUCGGAGAGGAUUCCACAUGGUCACCAAUGAAUCUCCUUUGAAAUAUUUAUUUAGACCAGAGGAAAUUGAAUUACUUAUUUGCGGAAGUAGGAAUUUAGAUUUUCAAGCACUAGAAGAAACUACAGAGUAUGAUGGUGGCUAUACAAGAGACUCUCUUAUUAUUAGGGAAUUCUGGGAAAUAGUCCAUUCAUUUACAGAUGAUCAGAAAAGACUAUUCUUACAGUUUACAACAGGCACAGACAGAGCCCCAGUGGGAGGACUUGGAAAGUUAAAGAUGAUCAUAGCCAAAAAUGGCCCAGAUACAGAAAGGUUACCUACAUCUCACACAUGCUUUAAUGUACUUUUGCUCCCGGAGUACUCAAGCAAAGAAAAGCUUAAAGAAAGAUUAUUGAAGGCCAUCACAUAUGCCAAAGGAUUUGGCAUGCUGUAAUAAAUUUAACAAAAGGGAUUAAAAAAAUGAUGGUGAUGUCCCUGUCUAAAAAGGCCAUAAGAUAGUGAGCUACAGUAGUCACCUGUGUUUGUGCCUCCCUUCUUUACUGGGGACAUUGGGCUGGAACAGCAGAUUUCAGCUGCUUAUAUGAACAAAAUCUUUAUUUUUUCUUUUAGCGUGAAAGUGUUACAUAUUCUUUCACUUGUAUGUACAGAGAGGUUUUCCUGAAUAUUUAUUUUAAGGGUUAAAUCACUUUUGCUUGUGUUUAUUACUGCUUGAAGUUGAGCCUUUUUGAGUAUUUACAAGAAAACAAACUGUACUCUCCCAAGGAAAAUAUUGCCAUCAUUUGUAGACCAUGUAACCUUCAAGUAUGUGCUAUAUUUUUGUCCCUGUAUCUAAUCAAAUCAAGAACUGUACUUUUCAAAGAGUUUGCUUUUGAAACUUGAAGUCUUGGAAAACAGUGUGAUGCAAUUACUGCUGUUCUAGCCCCCAAAGAGUUUCUGUGCAAAAUCUUAAGAAUCAAUAAAGAUGGAAGGGAGAACUUGGAAUGUUAAAUUGCAGCCUUGAGAACUUUACUUUAGUCACAGCACAACGAUUAAAAUUCAUUUCACUAUA